UUGGUAUUUCUGCUUACGGAAAUAUUGGAUCUUUUUCAUGAGGUCUGGAUGUCGUCAAGGUACAUAUGUGAAUAACAGUUUAGUUUUUAGCUAAAAACAAAGUUCAAAUGUAUUAGAAAACAUUAAAUGAUACUUUGCAUGUUGUUCAUAACAUAAUGAUUUAUUAAAUAAACUAAUAUUUUUUCUUGGAUCGCAUAUAUAAGAUGUGAUAAAAUUGGAUUUUAUUUGAUACAAUGUUCGUAUUUGACAGUAUAUUGUAAUUUGCAGCACUACUCUAAAUUAUAUUUGCACUUAUAUAUGAAUUUUAAAUAAAGUUUCUAUUCUAUAUUUUAAGUUGUCUACUAAAUAGAGAAAUUAUUUAAAAUUUAUGGAGUAUCUAUCUGUAAACAAGAAAAAAUCUUAACCUCUAAAUGUUUUUCAGAUGUUCACAGCAAACGCUAAAAUAAUAAAAAGUGGCGGAGCCGAACCUGAUGCGUUCGAAGCCAGUAUUUCCCAAGCUCUAUUGGAAUUGGAAAUGAACAGUGAUUUAAAGUCACAGUUAAGAGAACUUUAUAUUACUAAAGCACGUGAAAUAGAAACUAAUAAUAAAAAGUGCAUUAUCAUAUAUGUACCUAUGCCAAAAUUGAAGGCAUUUCAAAAAAUUCAGACUAGACUUGUACGUGAAUUAGAGAAGAAGUUUUCUGGAAAACAUGUCAUGUUUGUUGGAGAGCGUAAAAUUUUGCCCAAACCAACAAGAAAAACACGUACGAAGAAUAAGCAGAAGAGGCCAAGAAGUCGUACCUUGACUGCAGUGUAUGAUGCAUUGCUGGAAGAUUUAGUGUAUCCUGUAGAGAUUGUUGGUAAACGUAUUAGAAUUAAACUUGAUGGUACACAGCUUAUAAAGGUUCAUUUAGAUAAAAAUGAGCAAACAAACAUUGAACAUAAGGUCGACACCUUUGCUGCUGUCUAUAAAAAGUUAACAGGCCGGGAUGUAACAUUCGAAUUCCCAGAAACUUAUGUAUAAUUUGUUUAAAAAAUAAAAAUAUUUGAAAUAUC